AAGGUUUCGUUUUCUAUAUGCAUAAAUCCAAACAGUUCAACACUGUUUUCAUACUGUCUGAGGCUACAAAGUGUGUAUAAGUGCAUUAACCAAACGCUCCAGUCAACAAGAGUCAGCAGGCUACCUUUUCUGUUUUAACCGAACUCUUAGGUAAGCCCUGUCAGGCUGGUGUCAUCCUUGUCACUCAGAAUGACCGACCCGGUUGUGAGGAGGGUAGUUAGUGAUGUCAUUCGCUCACCUGAGGACAAGCGGGAGUACAGGGGCCUGGAGUUUACCAAUGGCCUGAAGGCAAUGCUCAUCAGUGACCCGACUACAGACAAAUCGUCAGCUGCUUUGGAUGUCCACAUAGGUUCUCUGUCUGACCCACCGAACAUCUCAGGGCUGGCACACUUUUGUGAACACAUGCUGUUCCUGGGAACAGAGAAGUACCCCAAGGAGAACGAGUACAGCCAGUUCCUCAGUGAGCACGCAGGCUUCUCCAAUGCCUUCACCAGCAGAGAACAUACCAACUAUUACUUUGACAUUUCCCAUGAGCACUUGAAAGGAGCGUUAGAUAGGUUUGCUCAGUUCUUUCUGUGCCCAUUGUUUGACGAGAGCUGCAAGGACCGCGAGGUGAACGCUGUGGACUCUGAGUACGAGAAGAACCUGAAGAAUGAUACUUGGAGGCUGUUUCAAUUGGAGAAGGCCACUGGCAACCCAAAACACCCCUUCAGUAAAUUUGGAACAGGUAAUAAAAUGACACUAGAGACAAGACCAUCUGAAGAGGGGAUUGAUAUCCGUCAGGAGCUGCUGAAGUUCCACUCCACGUAUUACUCAUCCAACCUCAUGGGACUGUGUGUGUUAGGAAGAGAGUCGUUGGAUGAGUUGACGGCCAUGGUGGUAAAGUUAUUUGGAGAAGUGGAAAACAAGAAUGUGCCUAUUCCAGAAUUCCCUGAACACCCUUUACAAGAAGAACACCUUAAAAAAUUCUACAAAGUGGUUCCUGUCAAAGACAUUAGGAAACUUUAUGUGACUUUCCCCAUCCCAGACCUACGGAAGUACUACAAAUCGAAGCCAGGACGUUAUCUGGGACAUCUGAUUGGUCACGAAGGACCUGGAAGUUUGUUUUCUGAGCUGAAAUCUAAAGGCUGGGUGGACACAAUCCUUGGAGGACACAAAGAGGGAGCCAGAGGAUUCAUGUUCUUCAACAUCAAGAUGGACUUGACUGAGGAGGGCCUCUUGCACAUUGAGGACAUAAUCUUCCACAUGUUCCAGUACAUCCAGAAACUACGUUCUGAAGGACCUCAAGAGUGGGUGUUUAACGAGUACAAGGAUUUAAAAAAAGUUGCUUUCAGGUUUAAAGACAAGGAGCGUCCUCGUGACUGCACUUCCAAAAUAGCAGGUUUACUACAGUACUACCCUCUUGAAGAAGUUCUAUCAGCAGAGUACUUCUUGGAAGACUUCAGGCCAGAUCUGAUCGAGAUGGUGCUGGAUAAGCUGAGACCAGAACAUGUCAGAGUUAUAGUUGUGUCAAAAUCAUUUGAAGGACAAACAGACAUGACAGAAGAGUGGUACGGCACGCAGUACAAACAGGAGGCCAUCUCUGAGGAGACCAUCAAGAAAUGGGCAAAUGCAGACCUCAACGGCAAGUUCAAAUUGCCAAUGAAAAAUGAGUUCAUCCCUACCAACGUCGAGAUCUACCCUCUUGAGAAAGAAUCUCCUUCAGUUCCCACUUUAAUCAAGGACACUGCUAUGAGCAAGGUGUGGUUCAAGCAGGAUGACAAAUUCUUCCUCCCCAAGGCUUGCCUGAACUUUGAGUUCUUCAGCCCGUUUGCGUACGUGGACCCAUUGCAUUGUAACAUGGCAUAUUUAUACCUGGAGCUCCUCAAGGACUCCCUCAACGAGUAUGCAUAUGCAGCCGAGCUAGCUGGCUUGAACUAUGACCUCCAAAAUACCGCCUAUGGGAUGCAUCUGUCUGUUAAAGGCUACAGUGACAAACAGCACAUCCUGCUGAAGAAGAUCAUCGAGAAGAUGGCCACUUUUGAGAUAGACGAGAAGCGCUUUGACAUCAUCAAGGAAGCUUACAUGAGGUCUUUGAAUAACUUCAGAGCUGAAAGGCCUAACUAUCAUGCUAUGUACUACCUCCAUGUUCUAAUGACCGAGGUCGUUUGGACCAAAGAUGAGCUCAGAGAGGCUCUACAUGAUGUAACUCUCCCACGCCUUAAGAUCUUCAUACCUCAGCUGUUGUCGUGGUUACAUAUCAAAGCCCUUCUUCAUGGCAACAUCACCAAGGAGUCUGCUCUUGGCAUGAUGCAAAUGGUGGAGGACACGCUCACUGAGCAUGCUCACACAAAGCCUCUCCUCCCGAGCCAGCUGAUUCGCUACAGACAGGUGCAGGUUCCAGACGGUGGCUGGUAUGUUUACCAGCAAAAGAACGAGGUGCACAAUGAUUGUGGCAUCGAUAUCUACUACCAAAUAGACAUGCAGAACACCCACGACAACAUGCUGCUGGAGCUGUUCUGUCAGAUCAUCUCCGAGCCCUGCUACAGUACACUGAGAACCAAAGAACAGCUGGGCUACAGCGUGCAUAGUGGGCCACGUCGGGCUAACGGAGUGCAAGGUCUCUACUUCCUCAUCCAGUCGGAGAAGGCGCCCCACUACCUGGAGAGCCGAGUGGAAGCCUUCCUGUGUACUAUGGAGAAAGCUGUAGAGGAGAUGAGCAAGGAAGCCUUCCAGAAACACAUCCAAGCCCUGGCCAUCCGCCGCCUGGACAAACCGAAGAAGCUGUCUGCUGAGUGUGCUAAAUACUGGGGAGAGAUCAUCUCUCAGCAGUACAAUUUCGAUAGAGACAACAUUGAAGUGGCAUAUCUGAAGACUUUGACAAAAGAAAACAUAAUGGAGUUUUACAGAGAACGACUGACGGUCGAAGCCCCAAAGAGACACAAAGUGUCUGUGCACGUGCUGUCCAGGGAGAUGGACUCCUGUCCAGUAGUGGGAGAGUUCCCCGCUCAGAAUGAUGUCAACCUGGCUCCUGCUCCUUCCCUGCCACAGCCCACAGUGAUUCAGGACAUAACGAAGUUCAAGAGGAGUCUGCCUCUGUUCCCCCUGAUCCAAUCUCACGUCAACCUCAUGGCAGCCAAACUGUGA